AUGUGUCCUCAAGCUCGACAAUACAGCUCUUUUUAUAGAGAUCGUAGCACUUCGCUGCUCGAAGGUGUAAUCGUUGCUCUCGGGUCCGACUUCAAUCCGAAUGCGUACUGUUUAGCUAUGCCUAUGAUUAUGCAUUUGG